AUGGCCGUUACUAAAUACAGAUCAAAAGAGGAAACCAAAGUUAAAAAUCCAAAAAAUGACAAGAAUAGUGCUAAACGAAGCAAAUUUCGAAAACCAGGCUUCGUAAAGAAACAUGCAGAAAAGAAGCCAGCCACGAUUAGCGAAAAGGAAAAAAAUAAAAAAUUGGUUGAACCAGAAAGCGAAUUGGAGAGUGAGUCGGAAAGUGAAAGCAGUUUAAGUGAGAGUUCGAGCGAGAGUUCAAGUGAUAGUUCCAGCGACAGUUCUAGUGACAGCUCCAGUGAGAGUUCCAGUGACAGCUCCAGCGACAGCGACAGUGACAGUGACAACGACAGUUCCAGUGAUGAUUCUGAUAGUACGAGUUCGGAAGAGGAUAGUAGCUCUGAAAAUGAAUCUUCAUCUGAAUCCGAUUCAGAUGAAGAAAGCGAAUCGGAUGACAGUGACUCUGAUGAAAGUGAUUCGGAGGAAGAAAGUGAAUCCAAAAUGAAAAAAGGAGAGGUGGAAAAAGCUCCAGCUAAGGGAAAAACAACCCAAUCUGUAGAUAAAGACAAAGUUACCAAAUCAAAAUCUAAAAAGGAAGCGGAUAAAUCGAAAUCUAAAGAGAAACCGAUCAAAUACAAAUCCGAAGAGAAGGCGGUUAGAUUCGAAUCUAAAGAGAAAGCCGUUAGAUCAGAAUCUCAAGAGAAGCCGGUCAAAUCCAAAUCCAAAGAGGAAGCGGCCAAAUCCGAACAUAACAAGAAAGAGGCACAACCCGUAAACAAAUCAGAGAAAAACGAGAAAAAUGAAAAACCUUCCGAGAAUACAACAGUAAAAGACGAAAAGAAACACAAAAGACGUUCCAUUUUCCGCAGAUUUCGGAGAGGCAAAAAGAAAUGA